AUGAGUUCGAAUCGUUUACAAUCUCCCAUACAAGUACGUCGAAAUAUUGCUUAUGCUAAACGUUCUCAAACAAUUGAUCCUGAUUCAAAUGAAGAAAAAUUAAGAAUUGUUAUAUUAGGAGCAACGAAAGUAGGAAAAACAUGUAUUUGUCAGCAAUUUCUUUGUCAACAAUUUAUCGAAGAACAUAAAGAAACAUUAGAUGAAUUGCAUACUAUUGAAUUUGAAUUAACAAAUCGUCAUCUAACUUUGGAAAUAUUAGAUACAGCGGGUAUUGAUGAAUUUCCGGUGAUGAGACGUAUUGCUAUUGCUGGUGGUGAUGCAUAUGUAAUCGUUUAUUCGAUUGAUAAUCAAUCAUCGUUCGAUAUCGUUAGACAAAUGCGUGAUUUGAUUAUUGAAGUUAAAGGUCAUUCAGAUUUUCCGUUGAUUAUUGUAGGCAAUAAAAGCGAUAAAGAAGAUUCUCGUGUCGUCUGUCGUGAAUACGCUGAAACAAUUGCAACUGUUGAUUGGGGAAAUGCGUUUAUUGAAGCAUCUGCCUAUAAUAGAAAUUCGGUAUUGAGUGUAUUUCGAGAAUUAUUAAAAACAGCUAAAAUUGAUAUUACAUUUAGUCCAAAAACAUUAAGACGUAGUUCAGAUCCAGCUCUAUCACACGAUAAAGAACGAACAAAUAAACGGCAAAGUUGUGCUCAACAAUAA